GGCAGAAUACUAGUGGCAGAAUACCAGUACCGUUGCUAUUGUUGGCAACCAGAUAAUUAGUCAGUUUGUUAACAUGGAUUUGUUUCAGAAUGGAGAGACUGCCUUUGACGCUGACGAUGUGUUCGGUAUCAUCAAAGAGUCAGUGGAAGGAACCAUGGGAGGAAACAUUUUCCAACAGAAUAGAGUGGACCAAUGGACCUCGAAUGUCGUGGAGCUGUGCCUGAGUCAACUUAGCAAGUUGGGCAAGCCUUUCAAGUACAUCGUGACCUGCAUUAUCAUGCAGAGGAACGGAGCAGGUUUACAGACGGCCAGCUCAUGUUUCUGGGAUGAUACCACUGAUGGAAGCUGUACAUUUAAGUGGGAGAAUGAGUCCAUGCACUGCAUCGUCACUGUUUUUGGUCUGGCCAUUUAAACCGACUGCUUUCGUUCAACAGUUUUCUACUGUGUUUUAUUUUCAUUUCAUUUUAUUUGUGUUUAAGGCCUGGCUUACCCCAAGGUUAUUUUUACUAGUUCUGAAGACUUUUGUGAACCUUUUUGAUGUUGGGAUUUCUAUUGACUUUUCAAUAAAUUUGUUUUCACUA